AUGCACGUUAUGAAUUGUGUCUCUUUGGUCAAUGACAAAGAAAAUGGAGCUAUUUCAGUUGAAGCUGGAUUAAUGAUUGGAGAUACGACAGAACCAGAAGAACAACUGCCUCCAGCACCACCACCACCGCCACCUCUACCAUGUCCACCCGCAGAAGCUGGAUUUUCUUCACUAGAAGUGGUGCCACCUCCUCCACCCCCUCCACCUCUAGCACUGAGCAGACCUCCACUGCCACAGCUGGUAAAUGGGCAUGGCCACCAGAGCAAGAAAAAGAGACUACGUAGCUUCUUCUGGAAAACUAUACCUGAAGAACAAGUCCGUGGCAAAAACAAUAUCUGGACUAUUGGUGCUAAACAGAAUUAUCAGAUUGACACAAAGACAAUGGAGGAGUUCUUUGGCCAGCAAGAAGAGACGCCACCCAGAGGUUCCAAAACCAAAACUUUAAGGAGGUCCUUUAAAGAUACUAAACAAGAGGUAAGUGUGAGCGUACUUCCUCUUCGUUAAAGAAAAUCUUAUGUGUUGGAAGUUGCUAUGGAACUUCUUGCCUUCGUUUCCCUUGCCCCCUGUUCUUGUGCUGUAGCCUUAUUCCUAUCAGGAAAAAUGUUUGUUUAUUAAAUCUGUAUACUACUCUUGAUCUGUAGCUAGAGCCUAAAUUUGUGUGUCGCUCAGAAUUGAUGGUUGAAGGUGUCUGUGGAUCAAGAUGCGUCAUGCAAUGAGAUGGGGUUAAUGUAUUUGUAAUUUGACAUUGCCUGAAGUAUUUAAGGAUCGUUGGGACUUUGUAUAUUACUGUGCGGUUCAGAUACAUCUGCUCUCAUGAAAAGGGCAAGCCCCUAGCUCUCAUGAAAAACUUGGACAGUGUCUAAAAACUUGUGCUGUCCAGAAUUCCCACUAGUUUUUUAUUCGUUAGAGCUUGAGUGGACUCUAUGCUUUACUAACCAACCCAAUAUUUAUUACCAGAACACACUCUCUUUACUGGGUAGAGGCUUGCCUGAAAUGCAGCCCCUGCUCCUCAAAGUCCCAAAAGUUCAGAGCUGGAGUGCGCUGAGGCUCUUUGUUCCUUGGCGCCUCCACUAUUCGAGCUCCAGGCUUCCAGCAUCGGAAGGGAGAGGCAGAGGUGAACUGUCUUGCUGUGCCUCUGUGCAAACAGGUGCUCAGAGCUGGAAGGGAGAGGCAGAAGCUGGUUCUGCCUCUAUGCCUGACUAGUGUUUAGGAGCCCUCAUGCCUCCACCUCUUCAUCCCAGCUGCCAGAGCUGAAGGUGGGAGGUAGAGGCUUGUAAUGGAUCUAUGAUAGCACCCAGUAGAUCAAGAGUGGCCCUACCAUUGGCCAUAGUGAAGUGAAACCUCAGGCGGCACAUGUUGGAGUGGUGGUAUUGCAGGAAGCCCCCCUGGCUGUUUCUCCAAAGUCUCCCCCCUAGCCAUUCCUGUCUGUUGGUGGGUGGAGACUUUUUUUGCAACUUGGUCUGUCCUGCCCCCUCUCCUGCCAAAAAAACCACCCGAUCCUGCUGUCUCAGGUACAGUGGAGGAUAUAAUCUUGUCACUAGUGGUGAAGUAAGAUUCCAGCACCAGUCUAUAGUUAGUUUCUCUACUGGGAAGGGGUGCUUUACCCAUCUUGAUUCAUUUAAUUUUUAAAAUUUGAGGCAGUGUAAAGUAGAUAAACUAAAGCAGGUUUGUUUUAUUGCAUUAUUUUGCUUGUAGCAUUUACAUUAUUUGACGAAGAAUACAUGAGAGUGGUGGUAUUUUUCUUAAUGCAUGGCUCUGUAGUCUGCAGCUCACUUCUUUUCUUCUGACUUUGAGGCAGUGGAAGUGACUCUAGUUCCUGGAGCAAGGAACCUUCCUGAGUCAGUAUGGGCACACAUGUUUCUGGUGUGCGUAAGGUCUUUGUCUUGGCUACUUGUUAGAUCUGUUUGCACAUAAUUCACUUCUUCAUUCAGGAAAAUUGAGGUCUUGCUUAGUGAGUCAGAUUAUCCUCCACCAGGACCAGGGCCUUCUCAGUGAUGGCUCCGACCUGGUGGAAUGCUCUGUCCCAUGAGACCAGGUCCCUGCAGGGUUUAACUUCCUUCUGCAGGGCCUGUAAGACAAAGCUAUUCUGCUUGGCUUUCAAUUUGAACUUACUUAGCCUGAUCUUUUAUUCCCCUUCCUUCCUUCCCUCCACCUCCCCUUUUUAUGAAGAUUACCUGUUCUGGGAACUCACAGCUAAUUCUCCCCUGGUCUCCUCGCUGGCCCAAAUAGGACUAAUUUAGCCAGCUAGCCCUGGUGAUCAUCUAAUGUUUAUUGGAUGGUUUUCCCCCCUAAAUUGAUUUUUGAAUUCUGAAUUUAUUGUUAUUCACAUUUUAUAUUGUAUUUUAUGCUGUUUUUUGUUGCAUCAAUUAAGUGUUUUGAAUUUGUUGUUAGCCGCCCUGAGCCCGGUUUUCUGAACCGGGAAGGGCGGGGUAUAAAUAAAAUUGUAUUAUUAUUAUUAUAUGAUCUGUACUAAUGAGCUGGUGAAUAUUAAAGGGAUAAGGAAGUUGGGCCACUAACUAUGUACAGUAGAAAGAAGUAAAAGCAGUCUAAAACUUGGAAGUUGGGUACUGCAUGCAUGAAGGGCUUCCUUCAGCAAAGAAAUAUUUGUGUCAGAAGUGGCUUUCUUUUCAGGAAAUGCUGUAUAAAAAUGGUGCAUGGUGCCAUUACCCUCAUAAAGUUAGUUGUUUGGACUGUAGCCAGAAGAGUUGGUAGGCAGCACAUUUGCUGCCAUGCAUCCUAAACUGUGUUAGGGUGUUAGGCUUGCAAUCCUAAGCACACACAUUAGUGAGUCAGCUCCUUUGAACUCCGUGGACUUGCAAUCCUAAGCAUGUUUACUGAAAAGCAUCACAUGACAGGAACAUGUUAGCUCUUCUUGAAAAAUUAAAACCCAUUUAACUUUUAUCUCGUGGCAAAUGCCUCUAAAAUAACUUAUGGGAGAUUAUUACAAAUGUAUAAGGAAGACUAAAUCCAUAAAACAACACUGCAUUUUUGUGGAAAUAUCCUUGUGUAAAUAUUUUAUCAAAUGUGUUCCCCCCCAAAAUAAUAAUUUGAUACCUUGUGUAUAACAUAAGCAAUUCCACUGCUUAUUUAUCAUUCAUGAGUGUAUGUGCUAUAAAGUGAUUGUUCUCUUUUUAUAAUACGCUAAUAUGUUUGGGCUGUGCCUUUUGAAGCUUUUGCCUCUUAGCAUUAUUGUUGUGUUGAAAAUGCAAUCUAGACAGACUUUUGGAAAGCUGCUAAUGUUAGGUUUUGCUAGGUUGGGUGUCUGUGUGGGGACGUCAUCAUGUGGUUUGGGAAAAAUGUCUAAGAUAGUGUGCAAGCACAAUUAGAAGAAAAUAAUAAUGCAGUCUCUGGUAGAAAUUCGCAGAAAAGACAAGUUCAUGCAUAUAGAACUAAACAAGAAGCACCUGAUAAUUCUAGGAGCACAUUUAGAAAAAUCUGCUUGGAAACAUCUUUCUGUCUGACUACAGAUUGUUACAAGUUGGUAAAGGAGUUUGCAUACUAUGACUAAACACAUACACAUAUUUGGUAAGAUUGAAAGGGAGGGUAGCGAAGUGGGUGUAUAUACUUAAGUGUGUUAAUCAUAGCUGUGUGUACAUUUGAAAAGUUACUUCAAGUUUUUGUCCACCUCCUGCAGAGAGGUUGCUACCUGUAGUUUUUUUGUUGAUUUUAAUAGCUGACUUCAAACCACUUUAUUCCAGAGUGGUUCUAUAAAUGUUUAAUGGUGUUGUCACACAGAAAAUAGUUUGAGGUCUCAAAACAAGUUAUUUCAUUGCCAUGGAAAAGCAAUAUAUACAUAAAAGGUAAACGUAAAUGACCCCUGGAUGGUUAAGUCCAGUCAAAGGCAACUAUGUGGUGUGGAGCUCAUCUCGCUUUCAGGCCAAGAGAGCCAGCAUUUGUCCACAGACAGCUUUCCAGGUCAUGUGGCCAGCAUGACUUAACCACUUCUGGUGCAACGGAACACCAUGAUGGAAGCCAGAAGGUAAAUGGCAUUUACCUUCCCGUCACAGCAGUACCUAUUUAUAUGCUUGCAAUGGUGUGGUUUCGAACUGCUAACUUGACAGAAGCUGGGACAGAGCAACAGGAGCUCACGUAGUCACGCGGAUGUGAACUGCUGACCUUCUAAUCAGCAAGCCCAAGACUCAGUGGUUUAGACCAGAAAACAUACUGCACGUAAGCAAAAUGUGAUGAUCUGAAGGAAUUUAAAUAUUUUGCAUGAAACUGUUGGGGUUAGAUUUAACCCCUGCCAAAUAAAAAUCAGCAGUGAAGACCAGGUUGUUCUAUAGCAAAGGAUGCAGAGUUGACCCAUGGCACAGUGUAGCUUGCCUAUCACUGUGUAUCUUUAAUAUUUAACCAAAAUAUGGAUUUGUAUGAGUGCAGACAGAUGUACCAUUAAUACUAGGGCUCUGGACUAAUCACGAAUCAGGCCAAACUGGAUUGAUCCAGGAUUUGCCACAGAGCAGGCUGAGGCAGUCUCUUGAAUGCCCUGGGUUGAGGCCACCUGGAGUGAUCUGGGGCUGUCACAACAGGAGGGGCAGCUGGGCAAGCUUCUACCCACCCCCAACUACAUGUUCAAAUAAAGUUUAAAACCCUGAUUAAACAUGUGGUUUGGAGGGGGAUCACAUAUUUAAUUAGGAUGCAUCAUAGGCAUACCAACUUCCAGACACUGGUAUACAAUUAUGAUGGUAAACUAAAAGUCAUUCCAUGCUGUCUUCAGCAUGUGGCGCAGGCAUGUGUAUGCCUGGUUCAGUAUGACUGGAAAGCAGCAGAAAUUGAUCGGAAGCUUUUGAUUCCCACUAUUACGAUCCUGAGAACAGGCCCCUAGAGAGCAGUUGAACAGCUGAACCACAAAUGACUGAAUGCUUUACAGCAGGCAUAGGCAAACUCUGGCCCUAUGCCUGCUUUCCAGUGUUGCGGUGAUGAAAAAACAUGGAUCUGAGGCAUAUCUCCAUAUUAUCCCUCAUAAUUUUUACAAGAGAUUCCACCUAUUAAACAGUAGGCCACCCAGUAUAUGAGUUCUGUGAUUUGGUGAUGGUUUUCUUGUCAGCCUAUGUGAAAAUCACGAAGAUUGGAUUGAUGUCUUUGUGGCAAGCACUGGAUCUGAUUUAUUAUUAUUAUUCUGCAGUCUACCAGCAUAAACUUUAUUUUGGUGGUGUUUUGGGGAAAUAACACAAAUUCAAGAGAAUCCCAUUUAAUUCCGCUGCAUCUGAUUUUUAUCCAGAUCUUGUGGAAAUUGAAGAAUGUGUGUACACAUAUGUGCACAUGCACAUAUUAUGUAUUUGUGUUUGGACAAGUGACAAGGGAGGGAGAGGGGGAAGAAUGAACAAGAGGGACUGAGGUACUAUGACACCUUUUCAAAAUUCCAGAUGUGAUCAUGGGGUGACCCCGGUGAGAAAGGAAUAUACAAGUCUUUGUUGAUGCCCCAAUAUUAUUUCUUUAUCUGUCUUGUGAUUUUUAUCUAUAGCUCUAGAGCAGGGGUUAUCAACCUGCUCCCUACCACCCACUAGUGGGUGUUUCAGGAACCUAGGUGGGCAGUAGGGGGUUCUAUGGCACAAGCUGAAUCCUUCUUCCAUCGAGCACCGGUGGGCGGUAAGAGAAUUUUACCAUCAAGAAAGAUGUAUUAGUGGGCGGUAGGUAUAAAAACGUUGACUACCCCUGCUCUAGAGGGUUUUUGUUUGAUUUCAGACUUGUUCAUAAAGAUGAAUCCAAAAUAGGCAUGCAAGGGUCGAAGUGCUGUGAAAUCUACUUUUUCAAAGUUGUGGAAAAAGCAGUUUAAAAGUGAAUUGCCAAAUGACAAUUAUUGGACUAUCAUCUUGUGCCAGGUGAAAGAAAUGGGAGGUUUUUACUCAACAAGAGUAUAGUAGUAAAUUAUUCCCAAGCAGAUGACGAAAACUGAGUGCUCUUCAAAUAUAAGUAGAAUAUAGGUGUAUGCAUAUAUAUAUACACCCUGUGUAUAUGUACAUAUAAACACACUCUGUCCUAAUGAAUGGAGUGUAGUGUAAUGUAAUGCUGAAUGUGGAUAUUACUGCUGAAUGUGGAUAUUACUGCUGAAUGUGGAUAUUACUUUACAUUGCUAGUAAGGAAGAAGGAUAUUGGUCAAAAGGGGUGGGGAAGGGGAGAUAAUUGUAAGAGAAGACAUCUUGGAAUUUCAUUGCAAAAUGUUUCGCUUGUGCAGAUGACAAACUUAAGAGAUUUUAAAAGAUUAAUGUGUAUUGGGGUAAAUUAUAAUUCCAGACUUUUUCCUAUCUAGAAGAAUACAUAACUUAUAUGCCGAAUUGAAAAAUCUAUGUAGACUAAAGAUGUUUGGGCUUGAAAUAGCAGAAUCUAGUCUUCUUUCCAUAGAUCUUUCCUUCAAAAGUCACUUUUUUCUACAUUCAAAUAACUCAGUUAUUUGACUGCCCUGUCUCUCGUACAUUCUUAAAAUAUGGGAUAAAAGUGUGAUUCACUUAAUGACUCUUGAAGAAUAUCAGGAGAUAUGACGCUUAAUAAAUCUAUGAGCAGCUGGUUAUCCAAAAAGAAUGGAAAUGGAACACCUCAGAUAAAAUAUGACGGUGAAGAAAGAGCCUUUGAGCUCCAUUUCAAGACUGAGAAACAUGAUGAAAAAUGUAGCUUGAGCUUUCAGUCCAAUGCACGUGUCUUGCAAGUUUGGCUUCAAAGGCAGGGAAAAAACUAGUGUAUUCACUUUCAGGUUGAAUCAAGUUACAAUCUGUUUAACAUCUUUAAUAGAAAUGAGCUAUCAACAUUGCACUGAGUGCAAUUUUAGUUUAUAUCAAGCUUAAUCUUGGUCAUCUGUAUGACUAAACUUUAUAUAUGAUUUCAGGUCAGGAGGCAUGAGGUUGCAAAGAUGCUCAGGACUGUAGAGUAAUGAAAAUGUGGAAAUAUGCUGGCAUACAUUUUAAGUAAGUGCAGAGCCAAGCCCCAGAAUGAGGUGAUGGUUGUCAGGAAUGCCAAACAGGAUUUAGGAGUGAUAAAAAUGUGGCAUUUACAUGUAAAAGCACAGAUGAUAAUUGCCAUGUGCUGAGCAACACUUUAACAGGUUUUAACUUUUGUCCUUGCUUGUCUUCCUGAAUUUUUGAGCACUUCCAAAGGGUGGGUGCUUAUUAGUUCCUGAGGAUUCCUGCUAAAUACAGUACUUGUUUGAAACAUCUGAGGGCAAGUGUUCAAGAAAGCAUGUUGCAUGAAUCAGUAAGCAAAAGGGAGAAAUUUGUUGGUACAGUGUGGAAAAAGUAAUGCUUGUUGAACAGAGAGAGCUCUUUUCACCUUGCCUGUUGCAUCCUCUUCAGUAUCUGACUACACAGCUCACUAAGAGGGUCUGAUAGGUAGAUGUUUGCAAAAGAGAGAAUAUGCCUCAAGUUAGUACCCACCCAAGGAGAUGGUGUACUUUUAUCUAUUUCAUGUGGUAACUUCAAAAUUGAUAGUAUGAUAUGACCCCCCUGGGGGCUUAUGUUUGCCCCUCCCUUUAACAUAGUGAUCUGGUAUCUUUUAACACAUCUUAUAAAAAUUAUAAAGGGUUCCCUUGCAUCUAAAUAUGGGUUUACCAGUUACCCAAUGAAAUUGCUGUUCUAGGGGUCAAUGAAAGUACAUUCAGGAAAACAUUUGAGAACAGAUUAGAUAGCAGAUACAGCUUCUGUAAUGACAGUUCAGGCUGUACUAUAUGCAUACGUUUUCACUUAAUCAUGUACUCCUUGCUUUGGCAAAUAUUCAGAAGGGGUUGUUCUUUAUAUAAGACUGGACUUGCACUAGAAACAUCUAAUUUAAAAAAUAAAACUUAGCAUAUUGUGACAUAUUGUAAUGUUUGUACAUUCUCAGAUAAACACCAACAGUAAUUUAUCAGGAAACUUGGGGUCUUGUUAUCAAUAGUUACAGUGUUCAAAAUUAGCGAGGUGCCAGGCACAUUUUGUACCCAACUAUUGCCCACUUGCAACUAAGUGAAGAUGCCUGGGUGCCAGGAUAGUGCCUGACAUCUCCACCAUCUGGAGGUACAUGCCCAGGGAUCAGUGGAUCUUGGCUAUUUUCACUGCUUACUAAGAGUCAGAAAUAAUGCAACUUAGCCUAUAACUACUUUCCAGACCAUAGAGUCGUUUGGAGGAGAAUUCUGAUGUCACUUCUGUUAUCAGUCAACAUUAUAGCAUUGGAAUGACUAACUGAUAACUCGGACUUUGCAUGAGUCAAACAAUUGUAUUUUGUGAGUAAAGGUAAAGUGACCCCUGACCAUUAGGUCCAGUCGCGGACGACUCUGGGGUUGCGGUGCUCAUCUUGCUUUAUUGGCCAAGGGAGCCGGUGUACAGCUUCCGGGUCAUGUGGCCAGCAUGACUAAGCCGCUUCUGGCAAAUCAGAGCAGCACACGGAAACGCCGUUUACGUUCCCACCGGAGCGGUACCUAUUUAUCUACUUGCACUUUGUGCUUUUGAACUGCUAGGUUGGCAGGAGCAGGGACCGAGCAACAGGAGCUCACCCCGUCGCAGGGAUUCGAGUACUACCACACAAAAACCACAAUUCACAUUUUCACCCCUGCUUCAGGGAAUUGAACAAUACGGUAUAUUUUUAGUUUUAGAUUAGCAAGUGUGGUAUGUUAUGCUAUCCUAAGAGGAAUUUAACUGAGGGCUGCUAGACUAGUCACUGUGUAUGAUGGAGUUAUUCUUGUACAAAGAUGUUAUGCUUUUGGGUAUCUGCCUUUGCUGGCCUACAGGUGACAGUUGUCAUAAAGCAGUUUUCUGCUGCUAAUGAACUGCAUGGAGGUUAAUAGCAGCAAUGAAAGCCUAGUUACCAAUGUAACGUUUUUACCUAAUACCAUAAGGUGGCAUCAUUCCAGGUAAUUGUUUCUGGCUUUUUUAGAUUCCAGUGUGGAAUGUGGUGAAGUACUGUGUCUGGAGUGUGCAAAAUGGAAGCCACAUACUUAUUUGGGCUUUUAGCAUUUCAAGACUAGCCACAGAUUCAAAUGGGUAGGCAGGUAUAUCAAAAGGAGUCAAGAAAACUUUAGAGGGUUAGGAUAGUCUUCAGGUUUCAUUUGUAUUGUAUCUCCCCACCCCCCACCCCCAGGGUCCUACUCGAGUGUAGGACAAGCUUCGGACAACAUUUUCACCUUUGUUUCCUAUCAUUCAUUUGUGCAUGUGCAACUAUGCACAGCAAUGUUGGCUAACCCCUGACUGGGCUACAACUCCUGAUCGUUUGCAGGGGCUUAUAUAGUAAUUAUAGUAUUAUAGUAUUAGUGCUAAGGUAAAAUGAAUUUUAGUUAGCAUGAAUGUGAAAACGGUGGAUCCAAUCUAUUUUUUUUUGUCAGAUGGAUAUUAAACAAAUAGCACCAUAAAGAUGCAAUGCUAUUUUUAAAAAAGCUUAAAGUGUAUUAUUUAUGUUCUAAGGCAGCAGUACUUAAAGUCAGCUUCAUUUUGUAGAGGCGAUGAUGUUUGAUGUGUAACAGUAUGAACUGUUAACAGUAUUGUGCUGGAUACAUGCAUUGUAAAGUUUGUACAGGAAAAAAAGAGAAGUAAUUUCUGGUUUACAGAUAGUUGGCUCUAAUGGCAACUUCUUUCAUGGUGUAUGAAUGUUUACACAGUAUUUGGGAUUAUCUGCAUAUCACAGAAGAAUUAUCCUUGCAUUUGCUAUAGGAUAGAACUUUCUUCUGCUUUUCCAUGCCAGGAAAUGUAAGCAAAGUAAUCCAGCAUUAUUAAAACAUUCUGUUUGAACAAGCCUUUUAAUGCAUUGCUCUCUUUUUUCCAGAUUAAUAUUUUGGAUGCCAAAAGAAGUAUGAAUAUUGGGAUCUUUCUUAAGCAGUUUAAAAAGUAAGAUGUUACAUGACUAUUGAAACUGUCAGACAUGGUGAUAAAAAUAUGGUAGAAAAUGAGAAAUACCUCACCAUAAGUAAUAUAACUACAAGCCCAAUGUAACUAAAAAAUUGGGUACAGAUGUGUCAACUUUACUUGUACUGUAUUUUCCUUAUACAUGUGCUAAUCUUACUGUAAAGUUGAGCAGUCUGUAGUUAGAUACUUCAUUUUCAGUUGAGCUCAGUGUUUCUCUUCAAGGAUUGAAACCCAUUAUAGUUUGAAGAUUAAUGUUUUAUUUUUCUAAAGUCAUUUAUUUUAUGUGUGAAAAAGGCAAAGAGUAAGAAUUGUGGGUUGCAUUGGCAUUAAUGCAUUAUUGUUCUAGACAGUUGUAUUCAUUUCAGUGGAACCUGCAUUGAGGACACAUAUUAAUACCAUGCAUGGCCACUGAAAGUUGUAUAGCAAUGAAGCUGUCAUAGCAUAUAAAGCAAAAACAGCUUGGUUUUGUUCUUGAACAUGCAAGAAAUCUAAUGUUCUGUCUUAUGGAAAUGCAAACUUCCUAGAUCAAACUGUAUGUCUUUGUUAUAUUUUCCCACCAAGAUCAGUUGAAUCCAUAAUUGAAGAUCUCCACUCAGGAAGAAGUGAUCUCUAUGGUUCUGAGAUACUACGUGAGCUCAUCAAGUUAUUGCCAGAAACAGAAGAGGUAAGAGGAGGAUUGUGUUGAAAGACUUCUGUAAAUUGAUCAGGGACUAUUAGCUACAUGUUCUUGAAGAUGAGAAAGAUAUGUCUUUGGGGGGGGGAUGUUCUAACUGGCCAAGAUAGUGAGUCAGAUCCAGACUUGAUCCUGUAUGGAUGGAAGGGUUUCUUCCAUUGGUUCUGGGAGCUAAGAUCCCACAAAAGUUUCUUAUUCCAUCUGCAGCCCAAGUACCACCUCAAACAAUGUUCUAGGGGGUCCCCAAAACUCCCAGGGGCAGUUUUUCAGGGAGCACUGGUGACUGUGGAGAGUAGGAGGGAUAAUAAAUAAAUAAAUAACCCUGCCCCCUUUCUUCAGCAGCGGUGGAACUCUGCUGAACUCAGGUCAGGAUUAAACCAAAAAUAUAAUGCUUAUCCUGUGACUUGCUGACUAAUGUCACAAAACCAGACAUUACAGCAGCCUUAAAGCAAUGUUAAAUUUGAGCAAAUGUUGUUUAGGAGGAUGCUAAAGCUAUAUCUUGUAAAGGUGGUGUUAUGGAACCGUCACUAUACAUUAGGGAUCUUAAUUACUCCUUUCCUGUUGUGCUCUUGAGCAUUUUUUGAAAACAUUUUUUGUUACGUAUUCAGUCUUGCUUAGUGGAAGGAUUGUAAAAGUGAUGAAACAGUGCUGAUGGACAAGAAAAGACAACCCUAAGGAGUAGGAAGGCAAUAGCCAGUAACAGAAUAGGCCAGGAAAAUCUUUCUGGGGGGGAAACUGGAUUGGGUGGAGGAACUAAAAGGAAGAAUAGAAAUUUGAAGCGCAGUAAUAGAGAAGUUGCUUCAGGCGUAAGAGCAGCAUGGUUGAGAGAAGGUGUUCUAUGUGCUAACAAAAAGAGAGAGAAAAUAAAUAGAUUAUUGGGGACUGGAGAGUAAAAAAGUCCAUGUAACUAUAAGAACAGAAGUUUGUAGAUACUGAGUAUUUCAUGGAAAACCAACUCUGACAUCCAGGACCACCACAGAAUGUUCAUGUGGAAUUGCUCCUUGGAACCUUCAUACAGAAUCUCUUUUCAUAUGGAGGACUAUGUCAUAUACUUCCCUGAAUAUAUAAACUGCUUUGCAGAUGUUAUCACUAAAGGAAAAGAUGGCUUUAGCAGAGACCAGUGUUGAGGCCCAGGAUGACCCAGUCAUGAAGGAGUGUCCCAACAGUAGAUACAAACAGAGAAAAAUGACUUCUUUAUAAGAAGAGAAGGACGGAACAAAGAUGAACACAUGGCAAAAGUUGCAUAUUUAGGAACAAAGGGAAAUAGGUUUCUCUAAUGGUGGUUCCAAAGGAAUAGGAUCUGUGUAUGUGUUUGGGGUUUUUUUUGGGGGGGGGAGGGAAGGUGAGCAAUGAUUUCUGCAUUCAGUCUCAGAUGCAAGAGAAGGGAGAAACAUGUAUGUGCACAUGUGUGAGCACACGCACAAAGUUCUGGGUCUGAAAAGUGUGGAAUGUCAAGAAUAGCCUUGGGAAUCUUCUAAGGAAAGUAUAGCUGAUUCCAUGAGCACGUGAGUUUCCCAGGAAUGAGAAGAGUGACAGUAAGCAUUGUUAAAGACGAAGAGCUGCCAAAUGAGAUGACUUUACACAGAUGGGCUGGGAAAGAAGAGAGGGUGGUGUGCAAAGCCAAAGGAAGUGAGGGAAUAGUAGUAUUGCAAUUAGGGUUGUGUUCAAGUGUAUGCCAUAUCAUGGAUGCUUUUGGUAUAACUCAACAUCAACAUGCUUCGACUUGCACAGUUCUACUGCUACGGUGUAGAAGUAAUUAAAAUAGUCACACUUUGCAACAUUUUGCUGGAUUGCAAGUUAGCUCUUUAUUGAAGUGUUAGCUUGAAGAUCUGAGCAAGCUAAGAAGCUAGCAUGUUAAUCUCCAAAAUAUUGCAGUUAAAACAAAACAAAACAAAAUAAAAUAAAAUAAAAUUCCUUCCAGUAUCACCUUAGAGACCAACUAAGUUAGUUAUUGGUCUGAGCUUUCGUGUGCAUGCUGAUGGAAGGAAUUUCCCCCCCCCCCCCAUUUUAUUUUGUUUCGACUAUGGCAGACCAACACAGCUACCUACCUGUAACUGUUGCACUUAAGGCAGCAUUUUAACUACCCAUAUACCCAGUGCACUGUAUGCUAUAAUUCUUUAGCCAUUGUAUUUGCUACUGGGUGUAUAAUAAAAAAACAUUCUGGCUUUUAUUACGAGUUCAGAAAGUAAACAGAAUUCAGAAGGCGGCAGCAGUCACACUACAGGAUCCUCUUGCAUAGCUCCCUGAACACAUACAGAAGUCCACAAAUGUUGUGCCCCUUUCCUAAGUUCUCAGAAGACAGAAGGGCUCAGGAUAGGAGUAGAGUCUCAUCUCUGACUUCAUGCUGGAGCUGCUCAGAAUGUUUCUAUAAAGUGCAGUAUGGAGACUGGGAAACUUUCCCUACAAGCUUAGGUUCAGGAAAGAGGCAGGGCCUUUUGAAGCUCAGGAAGUUGAAGAUGAGGGCAGGGAUGAUUGCCAGAGGAAGGACGGACAGUUUCCAUGGUGACUAAAUUUAUGGACUCUUGUUUACACCGUUUCGCUUAGUUUACAUUGUUAAAGAAUUCAACUUUCAUUGAUUCAGAGUUGAACAAUGUAUCACCCUGUUUACAGGUCCCAGCCCUUCAAAUAUUUCCUUUGCAUAGUGUUCCCUGCCAAAGUAUCUAUCUAUCUAUCCAUCAGUAGCAAAUGGCUCAUUAGGAAGCAAUAGGCUACUGAAGUUCUUCUCUCGAGCAGUUAUUCCUUAUUGUACCUGCUCAGCUAGAAAGUGCAUAUUUCUUAUUUGUCAGAGGCUUGUGACAUUUGGAGCAAAGUACUUAAGCAAUGUUCAGUCGUUGGGUUGUCUUUUAAAAAGAUGUACGAAAACUGAAAUGCAAAUAGGUUGGGGGAAGGAAAAAUAGAAAUCAAGCAGCAUGAAGAUAGAGAAGUGACAAGUGGCUUGUGUUGUGUUAAAUAAUACAUCAUUUACUUUGUAAUAUUUUUUCGAGGGGGAAUGAAAUAUUCACACCAGUUGCAUUGUUGUAUACGCAAAAUAACACUAAAUCAUGAAUGUGCAAAACUGUUUUGGGGCCAAAUCUGUACUUAAUAGCAUAGAAAUACCUUCCCUGUAACAAGAUCCUACUGUAUGCAGAAACUAUAUAGGUAGGACUUGCUUCAUUCUUUUUCAUUCAGUUGCUGCCCACCUCCCAGGCUGACAACUGAUAAUGUAUGUGAUGUCCAACUCAUAAUUAUUACACUAAGGAAGUGGGUUCCAUUCAUCUCUUUGGAAGAGUUCCAAUCUCUUAAAUGGGUGGUGGACAUUGCAUAUUUUCAAAGACCCCAUUCAUAAACCACCUUGUUUUAUAGAUUGCCACCAGAUAGAUUCUGCUCUGCAUUUGGAUAUUUGCAUUAUCUGUUUCCAUACCAAUGUUCAUAGUCUCAGUGGAGAGGAAAACGGCAGGAAUCCAAACAACCCAUGUGAGCAGCUUCACUGUGUUACUGACUUUGUGAGGGAGCCAGACAUUUAAGUCUAUAAAGAUAAUGGUAACUGAACAAAGGGAAGCUUUGCUCCAAUGUUCUCCAAGUUUUAAAACAGGCUUGGUCAAACUCGGCCCUCCAGCUGUUUUGGGACUACAACUCCCACCAUCCCUACCUAACAGGACUAGUGGUCAGGGAUGAUGGGAAUUGUAAUCCCAAAACAUUUGGAGGGCCAAGUUUGGCCAUGCCUGUUUUAAAACAUUUCGAUAUAGGUAGGGUUUGUUUAAGUAGCUCUUGGGCACACUGCACAUCUAAAAACAAACAUUGGGGCUCAGUUUUUGAAUGUGUACAAUACAGAGGGUCUUUGAACAUGUGCAAAAUGCUUUUGCCUUCACAAUACCUAAUCACACCAAUGUAACUCCACCCCACCCCCUUGUCCCAUUACAAAUCUGGGAUUUAGUUUAUGGAUCCAUACAGUAAGGGGUACAAGUUCUUGCCAUGUCUCUCACUUCUAGUUUUAGAAAUCAGAACCAGGUGUGCAAAAGGGUGAGGGUACGAUGGGAUGAGAGAAGCUGUCCACCUCCAUUUCCACCUAAGCAAGCCUAUUAACUUCACACCUUAUGAAAUAUGCCUGCCCUGAUAAAGCAUAGCCAGUUAACGUUGCAUUUGUAUUUUGCCUACCUUUGCCUUCAGCGUGGGUGCCUCUUUUUUUUAAGUACCUUAUGAGUACUGAAGCCAUCUGUACACCCACAGCUUCCACAAUCAGUGCCUAUGAAGGAUUCAAGGAGCACUAAACAAAUACAUAACAGAUAUUACGAUCAUUAAUUUGCAUACUAAGUAGGAGUGCUUCAAUUAUCUUUGCAGCAAAGCAAUUAUUAACUUUUUUAAGAGGUUUUUAAAAUUCUUACAGGUUUGCUUUAGGUGUUGCAAGUUUAGAAGUAUGUAAAAGUUUGAUUUUAAUUUUUUUAAGUAAACUAUUUUCCUCUUCAUGUUCUAUUAAUCUACCCACAAAUUGUAAAGUAUGUAGGCUCACGUUUUCCAAAAGUAAUGUAGAUACCAUAUCCUUGUCUGAGUAAAGGCCAAGAAUGUGUGAAAUUGUCCCCCUAAAGGAGAAAGGGAGGGAGGGAGGGAGGGAGAAAUGAGACACAACUUGUUUUUGAUAAUUUCCACGGUAAUGUGUUGGCAGGCUGUCUCGUGCUGUCUUGUAGCGCUCAGUACUAUUAACUGCCAGGUGUGUUUGCCUUAUGCCAGUUUUGUGACAACAUGGAGAUUGAUCUCGUGGUCCUCUGCAUGCCUGAUACCUGUCAGACAAAACAUUUCAAUGAUAAGCAGUCAAAUGAACACAUUUAAUGCUUGUGGAAACCUCUGCUUUUCCUAGCAAUGCACUUAUUCAUUGAUGCUUUCUGCUGCCCCAAAGCAAUAUUUUGCAUUCAGGCAAAGUCUGAAUCGAGCCCAUGUUUGAAACAGAGGCAUGUGUGAGUGACAGUUAAAUUUAGUGGGGGGGAAAUGUACCAGGCUCCUAUCAUUUUUAUAUUUCAUCACCUGCUGAAAAUGUUGGUUUUGCCCAAAUUUCCUAGAUAAUUAACUGGAUUCAGUGUUGUUCGUUUGUUCUGUGUUUUAUUAUUUUGUGGUUGUUUUAAUUUUUUUAUUGUACAUUGCCAUGAGAUUUGUUUUGAGCUUAUUUUGAGAAAUAAACAGUUGAACAACUCUUUGCCCCUUGUUAGUUCUAACCACAGAGAGAACUGGGUCAUUUUUCUAGAGUCUGGCUUGUUUGACAAUUACAUUUUCAAAAAAGUAUGGUUGAAAGAAGAGCAGGUUUAUCAGACACAGUUCAGCCCUGCAGGGAGCCAGACACACCAGGAGCUAUGUAGGAGCAGCUGGGAAGGUUUGCUGUGAUACAGUCUCCAGACAAGGACUACUUGCUACACAUACACCCUGCCUGAGCACACAGCAGCUCAAGGGCUCAUAACUCACAAUUCCAUUUUUCCCUGAUAAGGAGCAAAUGGUGCACUACAGCUCAGCAGUUGGCAUGUGGGAAGAGGGGCUCUGCAAAGUUCCUGUCAUCAGUUGGCAACAGCGUAGGUCCUGCGAAGCCUUUGUCCUGCCUUUCCUUUAUGAAGUGCAGGCAUAGGCAAACUCGGCCCUCCAGAUGUUUUGGGACUACAACUCCGAUCAUCCCUGACCACUGGUCCCGUUAGCUAGGGAUGAUGGGAGUUGUAGUCCCAAAACAUCUGGAGGGCCAAGUUUGCCUAUGCUUGGUGAAGUGCCUUGCUAAGAAAGGUAGUAUAAAAACAUUUACCGUAUUUUUCGCUCUAUAACACGCACCCGACCAUAACACGCACAUAGUUUUUAGAGGAGGAAAAUCCGUAGGCAUGCCACCCGUAGGCAUUCCCUCCAUAACACGCACAGACAUUUCCCCUUACUUUCUAGGAGGAAAAAAGUGAGUGUUAUGGUGCAAAAAAUACGGUAAAUAAAUGUGGGGGCAAAAGAAAGUGUCAGCUUGUUUUAGUAAAUACCGGUACAUUUCAGGCAUGGUGGCAUACUUCCUAGAUGGAUGCUAUCAAGCUUUGCCAAAAAGAAAGCAAGAAACAGAAACAAAAAACCCAACCCCACCUCUAAAUGUUUGUAUUAAACAAAGUGUCUUGGGCUUGAACUAGAUUUUACAGCAGACAAAGGAUCCUUGCUGGAAACAGCAGCCCAGUGUCCUAUCUCUCUCCCCAAUGAAUGUUAGUGGCAGAAAAUGAAUGAGAUGGUGUUGUGCUGAGAUAUCCUGUUCCUGCAAUAAAAAUAGUAGACAGACAGGUGAAUCUGUGGAAGAGAAACUUAAAGGACAAUGGCAAACCCGAUGUUACUUGGUAAUAUAUGCAUGGGCACUGCUUUUGAUGUAUCUAUCUGCCAUAAGAUCUAGUCCUAGCACCAAAAGCAAAUUUUAAAAUCAUGGUGAGCUCUUAAAUCUCAGUUCAUUCUUUAACAUUGGUUUGAGCAGUGACCAGUUUGAUUCUUAUCAACCUCUUAUCAACCUCUUCUCUCUCUCCCCACCCCCAUUCCUAGGUAAAGAAAUUAAAGGAUUUCAAUGGAGACCUAUCAAAACUGUGUCAAGCAGAUUCUUUUAUGUACCUACUAAUCCAGGUGCCAAAGUAAGGAAACGCUAAGCCCUUUUCUAUUCACUAUAAAUUCUCUCUCACUUGUAUACCAGUUCUAAAUCUUAAUUUGUUUGUUUUUCAGCUAUUCACUGCGACUCGAAGCCAUGGUGUUAAAAAAAGAAUUCUCCCCAUCUUGUACUUCUCUUCAGAAAGACAUGACAAUUAUAAGAAUGGCUACAAAGGGUAAUUAAACAUGUUGCAGCAUGCAUUAGGCACUUGUUUUUCUUAGCAGGUUAAUCAACUUAACUAGGGAGAUGAGAUCUUGAAUUUCUGGUACCUAUUAGCUAUUUAAAGGAAGCUAGCCAGCUCUGACACAUUCCACAAAGGUGCGUGUGUGUUAUCAGUCUGAUAUGUGUCUCAAAAUUCUUAACUUUGAUCAUAAGGCCACAUUAUUGAAGUCAUUUUCCCACUUGUUUGUACUGAUGAUACUCCUUUCCUGUAUAUGAAAUAACUUGCAGUAUUUUCUCAUUUGUGGAGUAGUGGCAUCCAUUCUGGUAAUUUUCAGCUGGGACCCCCCAUACAGCCAAAACACGUGUCCAUUUUUUUCACUUUAUAUUUCUAUGGUUGUAAUGCUGUCAUUGUGAUCCACCUUGAAUCAGGUUGUGAUCAAAUCAAAGACCAUGGUUUGAUGUUGGUAUACAAAUUUCAGCUUGUAUUUAACCAUGGUUUCUCAUCACACCUGAUCUUGCAUUCCUGGCAUAACCCUGGUUCAUUUCCAUGCCUUGCCCUAGAUGCCCACCUGGCUACAGAGCAGUUACAAUUAGGCAAAACAAGCCACAGUUACUUGCUCAUCUACAAGACUGAUCCUGGUUUGUACUGCAAACCACAGUUAAAAUAAACCAUAGGUUAGUAUCCUAUAUGAAUGAAGCCAAUAAAGCCUUGAGAAGUUCUCCUUACCAUUACUCCAGUCCCUACACUGCAUUUCUCAUCACCAUUUCAGGUUGGCAGGUGUGCACACUCAGGCUUGAAUCUGCUUUUAAGAACUAUAAGGUCAUUGAUUGCUACCCACUUGCCUAGUGCACAGAGAAGUGUUCUGGCAUUAAGGGGUAAUGGCUUUAUGGUAAGCACUUGAAAAUGAGGAGGGAAGCAUCACCAUGGACUUGACUGUACAUAGAAAAUGUACACUAUUUCAAUACGUUAAGAAUUGCAUAUAGGUUAAUUAUUCCAAUAGUAGUUGUUGUUUAGUCGUGUCCAACUCUUCGUGACCCCAUGGACCAGAGCACGCCAGGCACUCCUGUCUUCCACUGCCUCCCGCAAUUUGGUCAGACUCAUGAUGGUAGCUUCAAGAACACUAUCCAACCAUCUCGUCCUCUGUCGUCCCCUUUUCCUAGUGCACUCAAUCUUUCCCAGCAUCAGGGUCUUUUCCAGGGAGUCUUCUCUUCUCAUGAGGUGGCCAAAGUAUUGGAGCCUCAGAUUCAGGAUCUGUCCUUCCAGUGAGCACUCAGGGCUGAUUUCCAUCAGAAUGCAUAGGUUUGAUCUUCUUGCAGUCCAUGGGACUCUCAAGAGUCUCCUCCAGCACCAUAAUUCAAAAGCAUCAGUUCUUCGGCGAUCAGCCUUCUUUAUGGUCCAGCUCUCACUUCCAUACAUCACUACUGGGAAAACCAUAGCUUUAGCUAUGCAGACCUUUGUCAGCAAAGUGAUGUCUCUGCUUUUUAAGAUGCUGUCUAGAUUCGUCAUUGCUUUUCUCCCAAGAAGCAGGCGCCUUUUAAUUUCAUGACUGCUGUCACCAUCUGCAGUGAUCAUGGAGCCCAAGAAAGUAAAAUCUCUCACUGCCUCCAUUUCUUCCCCUUCUAUUUGCCAGGAGGUGAUGGGACCAGUGGCCAUGAUCUUAGUUUUUUCGAUGUUGAAUUUCAGACCAUAUUUUGCGCUCUCCUCUUUCGCCUUCAUUAAAAGGUUCUUUAAUUCCUCCUCACUUUCUGCCAUCAAGGUUGUGUCAUCUGCAUAUCUGAGGUUGUUGAUAUUUCUUCCGGCAAUCUUAAUUCCGGCUUGGGAUUCAUCCAGUACUAUUUCUGAUACAUUUUAUUUCUUGCUGGUCAGUGGUUUAAUUGUGGUUUUUUAAAAAACUAUUUUGUAGUGUUUAUUAUGAUGGUUAACUUUCCUAGGCUCUCCGAAGAGGAAGGGUGGGAUCUAAGAAAAAUAAAUCAUACUAUAUUUGUAGCUUUGUUUAAACACUUCAUACAUCCAAAUUAGCAUUUUGCAGUUCAUGAACUGACCCAGAAACUGCAGCGUUUACUCAAACAGACCAUUCUAAGUUCCUGUUUCAUUUUCUUGCUUCCUCCCACAUACUCCUUAUAAUGUAUGAAUUUAAUUGUGGCCUGGGUACAUAAGCACUGGUUACAGGAAAACCUUUGGCCUUUAGGUCACAUCUAUUGAACAAGAAUAACAGUGGCCUCUUUCAGAAAUGUGCAAAUUAAUAAGUUGAGGAAUAAAAAGUGCUUGUAGGCUGACAACGAUUUGUUGGCUUCCAAUGCAGCACACUAGGUUAAUCAGUAUAUUGAAAGAACUGUGACUCCCCAAGAUGAUGUUGGACUACAUCUCUCAUGCUCCCUGACUGUUGACCAUGCUAGUUGGGGCUGAUGGGAGUUGCAGUCCAGCAACAUUUGGAGGGUUACAGGUCAGUUGCCCCUUGCCUUGGUGAUACUCAAUAGACAAAACUGCUUGUAUAUUUUGCCUCUUCAGAUUUCUUAGAUUACUUGCCCUUCUUUUAUUGGUAAGCGAGUGACUGAAAACACUUAACAGUUAGGAAUAGAAUCAUAGAACGGUAGAGAUGGAAGAGACCGUGUGAGCUAUCUAGCCCAAACCCCUGCAAUGCUGUAAUCUUUUGCCCAACAUGGGUCUCGAUCCCACAACCUUGAGAUUAAGAGUCUCAUGCUCUGCUGACUUAACUAUUCCAUAAAUAAUGUCAAACACCUUACCAGGCUGUAGUGCUGGUUUGUACAUCACUGUUAAGUGAACAGGCAAUCUGGUCAGACUCUUUGCAGAGUUGGUUCCAAAAUACUCAGUGUGCCAGUCAGCGUGAGGCUUGGCAGUAGGGCUUUGGCUUUUCCCUUGCCUUGCUUUGGAACUUUCCUUUAAUCGCCCUCCAAAAAAAUAAUAAUGCCUGGUUUGACUGCAAUUUUUCUGGAGCAAUAAAAUCUUUCUUGGAUGCCAUUUGAAAACAGCCCAUGGAUUCAGAACCUUAUGUUGUUGUUGUUGUUGUUUUUGCAGAGCUAAUGUGCUGUGAAGAGUUACAUUCCAUAUUGCACUUGGUCCUUCAGGCUGGGAAUAUUAUGAAUGCAGUAAGUGGACAAGCUUCAUUUGGGGGCAUUGGGGGGAGAGGGUCAGAAUUUACAGUACUGCAGAUUGACAUCUUGUACCUCUUCUGUCUGUCUUUUCCAUCACCCCCUCCUCUCUCCACUCCUCAGGGAGGAUAUGCUGGCAAUGCAGUUGGCUUUAAGCUAUCCUCAUUACUCAAGUUGGCAGAUACAAAAGCAAACAAGCCUGGGAUGAAUCUGCUUCAUUUUGUUGCUUUGGUAUGUAAAUAAUAAUCAUUUCCAAGAUAGCAGGCUGCAGAAAUCUAAGCAGCAGGGGGAGGUGAUUGAUAGGCGCGGGGGGGGGGGCAUGCAAGCCACAGAAUUUAAGAGCAACAUUUAAUUUUUAUGGUUAUUGUUAAGCUCUUCGCAGGUUUCAUUAAUUUAUUAUUGCAAUGCUAAAAUGUGCAGAGUAAGCAUGCAGUUAAAAGUUUUGGAACAAGCACUUUCUGGGUAUUGUAUUUAAAAUUCCCAAUUCUAGAUUGUCCUGUCUACCUAGCUAUGCCAAUCUUAAACUGUUGUUUGUGAAGAAGCUACCUGAUCUGAUGGAUUACUUGCUGAUAAUACUUCAGGGUGUGUGCGAUUCUCAUAAGAAUUAAGAGGAGGGCAAUGCCCUCUUAUUUCUUUUGAAACUGGUUGCUUAGAUUGAGAUUUUCCUUACAUGUAUAUAAUUGUCAAUUUGCAAUUAGUUUAACCUUGAUGGUGAUUAUAGUUAAUCUUUGCCUAGUUUGUUCUAAGUCUUAGCAUUAGUUUCUGUGACUUUGUGAAUAUCCCUGUGCAAAUAGGUUUAACAGCUAAUCUGAAGGCGCCGGGGGAGGGGGACAGAGAAAAGAGGGGAUAUUAGGUGGAGAUUAAGCAGGAAAUAUUGUAUUAGAUUGCAUACAUGGCAUUAGUACACUGCUUUUGCCUAAUAGCUCUCCUUAGUGCACCUGGGUUGAAUUCACUGAAGGAUUACUAAUUCUCAGGCUCUCUAAAAUAGAAAAUGUCUUUUUUACCUUGUUCAAUUAGAUCCUUCCUAGCCUUCUAAAAAAGAGUCUUCUAAAACAAACACAGCAGGUUUAAAACAGAAACCUCUUCGGCUGCACUUCCAAAAAGGCCUCUAAGUUUAUGUACUGUUUCAGCAUGGGAGUGGAAUUUUAUGGGAUCAUCUUGUUUGUUUUAGGAAGCCCAAAAGAAGGAUAGAGGUCUUCUAGCCUUUUCAGACAAACUACAGCACGUUCAGGAGGCAGCCAGGUAAGCAAGAAAACUGAGAACGUUGACUGGGAACUUUUUUCUUUGUGAAGCACUUCAAUACAUGCACAAAGUUUUGGCGUGAAAACUGAGAUCUUAACAAGUGUUUACUAUAGACUCUGUGGUUUCAUUUUCACUGUGGAUAGAAUGAUGCCUGAAGCAUGCCUUCAUGUUUAGAGGUUUUCUGAGUUUAUCUUUAAGGGCUUUUCAGAAGGACUGCUAACUCGUUCAAGGUUAUUGGUCUCCACAUAAUUUUGUUGAUAGAACAACUGAUUAGAGUUAAGUAUUGGUAUUACAGGGGAUUAUUUGGUGAUUUAACAACUUUCCUCAACUGACCUAGGUAGGGUAACUCUCUUGGGGAAGAAUUAUCCCUGUGGUUUGGUGACAAAUCCUUAAAAAAUCCUGCAAGCAGAAAACCAAACUUCAAAGUCAAGUUAUGUAAGGUUGAGCAGAAAUAGUGUAGUUGUUUAUUUUUUUUAAACUGAGAGCUGAUAUCAAUUUGCAGGGAACUAAUGAACUGAGAACAACAAUUGGUUCUCUUUUUAAUUGAUAGUGAGUUAUAAUGUGGUUGUUAAGAAAACACACAUGUUUCCCGUUCCUUUUCUUCUCUCAUCACCAGAUGGGGAGCUCCGUUACGGGGGUGAUGAGACAAGUGACUAGAGCUUCUUAAAGCACCUGAUAGGCAACCUGUGACCCCAGAGGCCACAUGCAACCAUGCCUACUAAGCUGUCACAUUCUUCCAUCCCAUUAGAAUUCCUUCCUUAUUUUUCCUGGCUUCUUAAAGUGUUUUCUCACUUUCUGUGUAGGUUUACAACAAGGAGCAAUACUCUAUUUGAUUAACAUUUUGUUUCCGUCUUUUAAUUUUUCUCUGGUUGGGGGGGGGAAAAACACUCCUACCCUACCCCACCAGUCAAGCUGUUUGAGAGCAUAUUGGUAUGCUUCUGCCAUGCGUGUGCAAAAAACGCUAAUGUUAGAAAAGAAUUAAGUUCCACUUGCCUAUCAGAACAGUAGCUGUAUUGGCCUGUUACACAGUACUAAAAAACCACUCUGUAGAUCCAAAAUUACCCGUCAAAACAAAAAGGUUGCUGCUAAAUAGGGUUGGGAUUCUAAUCUAAGGUGAAAAUGGAAGCAAAUUCUGGAUUAGUUCAUCCAUAACACUUUACUCUCUGGUUCUGCCCGCCAUUGGUCUGUGUCUCCUGACAGAUUAUUCCCAAGGGAAUAUUGCCCUCAAGAAAAAAAACAUUGUGCACUCAGCCCCUGCCUUAAAGCUUAGUUAAGUUUCUGUGAUGAUGUACCAAGAAUGGACAGGGCUGCACAGAACAGGAGUUGUAACAUUGCAGAUGUUCCACCACUGUUACGACUCCUUGGGUGCCCAAGAUCUGUGACUCGGGAAUCCCAGGCUCUUUUAAUUUAGUGACAGGUAGUCUGGGGAAAUAUUUUGCCCUUUGGUCAGAGUCCAUUACUGAAACUUCUUGAUGAAAUUGCUUUGGCAUAAAACCUUGAUCCCUGAAAAUAAUGGGAGGAGAAAUUAUUAGGUCAUAUCUUCUACUGUGGGAAGAUUUGCUAAACUGGCAGGUCCAGUUUGUUCACCUCGUUGUGUUAUGACACUUGCUGUCAUGUGUGUGUUUUUAAUUAGUUAGGUAGUCAGCACUUAUUGGUGGGUAACUCUUCUCUCUAAAAUUGCUUUCAAUUACAACUCUUUCCUUGCAGAAUAUCUCUUGAAAAUAUAGAAGCAGAGCUCCAUUCACUCUCAGUCAAAACAAAGUCUCUUAAGGAUAAUAUUCGGCGGGACUCUGAACUGUUUCACCAGAUGGAAGGCUUCCUCCAGGUUUGUUGGGAGAUUUCUGCCACUUCAGUUCCUUCUUAUGUCCAUAUUCUGCACCCUUGGUGAAUUUCACUAAUGUCCUUAACAGGCUGUAAUAUUUAGUCUAGGAGUGCCCUGCCACAGUGUUUCAUACUACUGGUAAGCAUUUCAAGGGAGCCUUUUUACAGAGAAGAAUGCUGAAUGUGGGGGCAAUCAGGCUUAGGCAGCUGCCAUCAAUAGGUAAGAAGUAAAGGGACCCCUGACCAUUAGGUCCAGUCGUGACCGACUCUGGGGUUGCGGCGCUCAUCUCGCUCUAUAGGCCGAGGGACAUGGCGCACAGCUUCCGGGUCAUGUGGCCAGCAUGACUAAGCCACUUCUGGUGAACUAGAGCAGCGCACGAAAUGCCGUUUACCUUCCCGCCAGAGCGGUACCUAUUUAUCUACUUGCACUUUGAUGUGCUUUCGAACUGCUAGGUUGGCAGGAGCCGGGAGCGAGCAACGGGAGCUCACCCCGUCACGCGGAUUCGAACUGCUGACCUUCUGAUCAGCAAGCCCUAGGCUCUGUGGUUUAGAUCACAGCUGCAAUUUUAUCUGCUACUUUGAAGAGCAAGGAUACAUUGCAUCUUAAGUUAGGUGGCCCUAAACUGUAUUUCAGUAAUGCUUCUGAACUAAAUUAUUGAUUUUAUAUUUUUCUUGUGAAGAAGUAAAGAUUUUAAAAUCAUUUCCCCCUCUAGCAGACACCCCUCCUAUGUGCUGCCUUUAUCCCUGGGUUUGUUGUUUUUGGAGGGGGUAGCUUUAUUUUAUUUUAAUUUGACGUGUUUGGAUAUCCAUUGCAAACAAUUCCACAAAAGCUUCAGUUUUCCCUGGUAGUCUGCAGGGAAGAUGCUGAUGUCAUCCAGUGAAUUGCACAACUUGGCUUUCCAGCUUGGCUUUCCUGGGUAUGCAUCCUGAGAACCCCAGCUUUUUGUAAAGAGGAACAAGUUUGUAGCUCUCCCAGUUUUUUAGGGAAACUUAAAGAUUCUGGCUGCUUUCUGACCCCUUUCUGACCCCUUCCCAUAGACCUGUUUGCUUCUUGUGAAAUGCUUGAUGUGGAGACAUUAGAGGAGAUGAGAAACAGUCUCAUUUGUCUCUGUACAUGAGUACAAUAGUAAUUGGAGUAACACUUCACCAGUGGCAAUGUCUCAGAGAAUAUGUGCCUAGCACAUCAGAUUUGAUUGGUUUAUAGCUCCCAAAUUUUUAAAUAAUUUGCAUCAUUCUCUUUCUAUGGAACUUUGAUUUCUGAAUUUCAGGAAAGCAUAGUACCAUGUUUUUGUUUUGUUUAUGGUUGUUGUUUUUAAAUCAAUGAGGUUAUUUUAUGAGUGGCUGAAAACAUCUGUAGGAAACAGCAUUUGCUCGUACUGUUUUCUAGCAAUAGCUGCUAAAACUGUAGAAAGGGUUGGCUUUGCACUAAACAGAAGCAACCACAUUUUUUUUCAAAAACCCUUCAACUGUAGCUGAAGGUGGGGACCUGCAAAUCUUGCUCUCAAUGGCUGGGUGUGAGAGAUAGAGCUUAAUUCUGGUUUCUUGCCUACCCCUGAUCUAAGAUUCUGAAUAUGCAGUGAAAUCAUGGCUCAGCUUGCUAAGCAAAGCUCAUUCCCUGGUGGGUAUGCUUGGAGAGAUAAUAGCAAGACCUGCUUGUCAUGUUGCUUGCUGGCAGGCAGACGGGAGAAUCUGGAAUGCUGCUUUAGCCCUGGUUUGCUUGGAGCAGAUGUAUAAGCAUGGUUAGCACAAACCAGAGUCUACAAACCCAGUUCAAACAGUAAUUUCAUAACCUAUUUUUGUGUUCACACUUUAGAUAUUCAGGUGCAAUUUAUUUAUUGCUCCGGAGAACUUUAGAUCCUGUGCUGCACAUUUCCUAUAGUUGCCACUAUAUAGGUUCCCAUGCACUGCUCAGCAUGUUUGUUACCAUAUCUGAACAAUUGUAUUCUGCCCCAUUGCUACUAAAUUUGCUGUAUUAGGCCAUGUUUGGAAUCUCUUUAGCAUCCAUGUUUUUUGUUUUAAACAUCAGGAGUAAUUCCAAAUGAACCGCUCUUCAUUUUACAAGGUUCACCUUAUAUAACACUUCCUAAAAAUGGUGGGUGAGUAACCUGAUUUAAAAUUUGGCUUCUCCCAUCCUUGUGAAUAAGCUACUAAUAUGAAAGGUGGAGCCAAUUUUCCACGUCGCUCCUUUAGCUUAUCUCAAUAAAUACCUUGUUGAGUGACACUCUUUUUUUUCUUUUUGGAUGGCUGACAAAGCGAAGAUUAUCUACCCUUCUGAAGGCAACAUUUACAUGCUCCCCAUUUGCAAACCCUUGGGCUCCCCAUUUGAUUUCUUGCUUUGUAAGGGAAACCACCGAGAAAACAAAGAUUAAUACAUUUCUGGCACUGGCUUCAUUGUUAAAUAAUGCUCUUUUAUUAGAUGAGUAAAGGUUUCUGCAAGUACCUGUGUGCAUGCUUGUUAUGAACAAAGGGGGAUAGGAAAACAACAAGUUAAUCUUCUUAAAAUCCAUGGAUGCAACAUCUUAUCUUGAUGAAACAAAUGUUGCUUGAACAGUGUUUGUCAAAUCUCAAACUAGAUUUGAGUUUCAAACUAAGUGUUCCUAUAGGCAAAUUCUCACAAUGUUUAAAAGGCAGGUAUAAGGCUGAGUUCUUGCAAGCUGUCUAAAAAUGUGUUGUGCUGGAAUUUUAGUGUGCAUAUAAAAACAUAAUAAAAGCUUGCUGGAUCAGUCUGGCAUCCUGUUCUCACAUUGACCAACCAAAUACUUGUGGGAAGUAGGGUUGCCUCCUUUGGUUGUGCAAAAUACGGGACAUAAAUAUCAUUUUCCAAAAUGGAUAUCAUAAAUACAACCGGAGAGCAAGAGUUUGAGCUGACUCACCACCACCAUUGCAAGGAAGGCCUUUCCAGCGUUUUAUGUGCACUCCGGACGCUGUGCUGAGUAUGCCCAAUGAAUUAUUUUUCUUCCAAUCUUUUCUACCUUUCAUUUAUUAUUUGUUUAUUCACUAUUGCUUCUAAUAAACUGGUCUUGAAGGUUUCAAAAAACCUGUUUGGCCAGUGGCAGAAAAGGUAUAUAUGUUCAUCUAGGGCAGCAAAGCUUUAGCCAAACAGCUCCAAACACUAUAGUCCUGUAGUCUCAAGCCAGUUAACAUUCAUCCUAGACUUUAACAGAUACUAAAACUGGUCAGUCUCUGUUUGGAUCUAAUUUGUAUUUCGGUUUUAUUUUAAGUUUGCUGUAAAAGAGAUAAAAGAGCUGGAGCGCUGGAAACGGGAACUGCUGAAGGAAUCACAUGCCCUUAUGGACUUCUUAUGCGAAGAUAAAGAAACCAUGAAACUGGAAGAGUGUUUUCAGAUAUUUAGGGAUUUUUGUCUUAGGUUCAGCAAAGCCGUUAAGGUAAGAAGAACAUCUCUACAAAACUGUGAGAGUAGUAUUCAGCUAAGUUGUACUUGGCUUUUUGAAAUUAACAGAUCUAACUUAAUCAUGCUGAUUGACUUUAAAGAAUUUAUUCUGAGUAAAGCUUUGCUGAAUAUUACCUGAAAUAUCCACUGACUUUUAUGUAACUAAGCUACAUUACUGUUGGAUGAUUUUAAUAGUGGUAAUCCUUCAUAUGAUAUGUAAGGUUACCAGAUUUUUUUCCAGUGAAUCCGGGGACACUUUUCAACUUCAGUGGAUUUUGUAUGGGGACUGAUUUGUAAAUCCAGGGACUGUCCCCGGGAAAUGGGGGCGUCUGGUAACUUUAAUAAAAUGGAACAAAGUUGUGUGUGUUGUAGGACACCUGUUGCAACAAUGGCUUCUUCCAACCUCAAACCAACAUCUUGUUACAGAAAAGAUUUUAUUAAGCUAUAGCUAUUUAAAUUUCAUUGUUUGCUGGGCACAGUUUAGGAUUAUUUUAAUUUACUUACUUAUUAAAUUUGUAUAGUGCUUUAGAUCUCUGCAAGCAAAUCCCCACAAUGCUUUUUCUUGGUUUGUAUUAUCAUUAAUGGGUGAGGGGAAAAGGGCAUUAUCAGGUCCAUUGUCUUGUGUAGUCCAUUGUCUUGUAGCCCAGUUUUUUUGGGUGGGAGCAAAGACACCACCAGCCAUUGUCUAGAGAUAAAACUGCAGGUGGCCACAUGACUGGUCUCUGUGCCCGAGGCAUGCAAACACUGCAAUCUUUCUUGUGCUUUUUUAAAAUGACAAUAGGCAAAGUGCCUGGAGUCAUAUAUGUAUACUGAAGAGCAUUUGGCUCCUUUUGAUCCAAAAGGUCAUGCAUCUGUGGCCUUGAACUGUUGAACAGCAGUGUAAGCAGGUGCACUCAGCGUACGUUUUUUAGUAUGCAGCAGGUGUUGCUUCUCAGAAUAAAAAUGCUGCUAACUGGAUGAAGAGAGUGGUGUGUGCCAUUUUAUGUUUCAGCUCUGGGGCAUCCAUGAGAGAGAGAAGUGUUAAAUGGGAGGGGGUAUCCAUUAGAGUUUGGAACAUAUGGCAGUAGGAAACCUGGGUUGCAAUUCCUACUCCUCCAUGGUCCUUCUUGUAUGCUUUUGGUAAGCCUCUGGGUGGAAUUGAAUGUUAGUCUUUCGCAGAGUACACCCAUUGAAAUGAAUGAAGCCAGGUUAAUCAUGAUUCUGCAAUUCUUCAGUUUGUCUACUCUGGGUAGGACUAGCAUUGAACACCUCCCAUUGGGCAGGAGUCACCUAACAAACCCCAUCAUCAAAAUCUGUGGUGGACUUUGGGCUUUAAGAUUUCAGCAGCAUCCUGUGUGGCACCAAAAUUUGGUGCCCCCCACCUCUUGCCUUCCAUUGUCCGUUGUUGUUGUGGCACCCUCUCAUCUUGACACCCACUGCAGGCAGACUGUUCACACUCCCCUAAAUCCGCCUGUGGCAGAAGUCCCGGGCUGCAACAGUAUUGCAACAGAUCCAAGGGUGCUCAGGAGGUUAAACCCAAACCUAACCAUUAUUCCUUGAUUUAUUGAUUUGCAUAGAAAACAGGGGAAAUCCUUUAUCUGUUGGGUCAAUUUGCACAUAUGUACUAGUUGUGUGAGCAAAACAUAUUUGGCUGUAAGCUGCCCAGAGUGGCUGGGGAAACCCAGCCAGAUGGGUGGGGUAUAAAUAAAGUAGUAGUAGUUGUUAUAUUUGGUACUGAAGAACUGACCUGGAUUCCUGUCUUCAGAAUGUUCAUCAGGCAAUGCCCACAUGCUUUCAAACCUAUUGUCACAUGGCCUAGAAACCUUAUACUGAAUUUGACUUUCCUUGCCAAAUUCUGAGCUUGCUCAGAAAUUGAAUUUAACCAUAGUGGGGUGUCAGGCAGUGAGGUGGUUGCUCACGAGUAACCAGGCAGGUCUCUGACCUGUCUUUAGCAGGUUUGUAUUUGUGCAAACUAUUUACAGUGCAGGACCAGAAAGUUCAUGUCCGUCUCAAUCACUUGCAGAUUCCGGGAGUGGCCCCUUCCAGUUCCCACCCCCCCCAGCAUAAGAACUUAGACACCCCAAAUCUCCGCCUUCCCUCCUUGUGUUUCACCCCUCUGCAUAAACUGGGCGACGGAAACGGCAUGCCUGUUUCCUGGCCGGCCGGGCUAGGUGAGGCGCUUGGGCUCUCAGUAGCAUCUUUGAGCCCUCACCUCGCUCAGCUUUCCCAUUCCCCCUCUGCUCCACUGGAGGUGUGGCUUUCCCCACCUUUGGAUGAGGAGCUGCUCCUCAGAAGUGUGGGCGGCUCUCUGUAUUCCCAUGCCUCCCUCCCCUGUUCCGAUGGCAGCCCCCUGACAUGGGGGACAUACUGUUUUGCAAUCAUAGCCAUAAACUAAUCAAUUGCUGAAGCUUGGAUGGGGGCAUAUCAUUCAUAUGGUGAAGAGAGUAUAGUUGCUCCGAAAGGAGAGUUAAGGAGUGUAGAAGGUUGCUUGCAGAAGGUCCCGCAUUCAAUGACUGGUGCUUCCAGUUUUUUAAAAAAGAAUAGGGUAGAUGGUGACAGGAAAGAUCUCUCCCUGAAAACCUGGAGAGCUACUGCCACUCAAGUCACUUCCAGAGUGAGCUUCUUAACUGUUCAUCCUAAUUUGUUUACUGGGAGGUUUGAAGGCAUUGGCUACAGAAUGAGCACUCAUUCUGAUUUGAUUGUGGGAAGGUUAGAGGAUGUCAACUUCAAGCAUUAUCCCACACUUUUCUUGCAUUUCCCCAUCAAGGUCCUUAUAGCAAAAAGUAAUAUUUUAGGGAGGGGGCAGGGAGUGGUAUUGCUGUGCAAGAGCACCCAAUCAACCUGAAUUGUGCAACCUGAAUUUUCUGGUGUGUGAUUGAACCUGACCUUAAAAUAGCAACUGUCGGGAAGAAGCCUCAAAUGAGACAAUAAGCGAGGAAGUGGCAGGAUGUAUGCUGCCCAUAUGCUAUUUAGAUCAGUCCAGCGGCCUCUUCUCAGUGAUUGUCCAAAUGGUACUGAAAAAUUGCCACUCUUAGGAACCACCCCUUCAACCAGUAGUUGAAGUGGGAAGUAGGCAGAGUAUUGCAAGCCUUGGAGGAUAUUGGACAUACCCCGUCUCUUCUGAUGUUGCAAUGCUCCAGUUGCCUCCCUCUUCAGCUACUAUAGCUUUAGGAAGCAGAGGUUCCUAAAGGCUUUCCUUGCUAUUCUGUUGGGAGCUGGUACCUCAAAAUAGUAUUUCUGAAAGGAGCAGCUCUCUAUUUGCCACUGCUCAGCUGCUUCCUAAUAGUUGACCUGGAGGGGAGGAGGAGAUCACAGUGGGGAAUUUUAAACAUCUCCUUCUCCCAUGGAAGUGUGUGCCUGGGGAAGGAGCUGCAUCCCUUGUCUAGAAAGAUGCAGUCUGACCAGGUAUGAGACAGCUUCACAUGCUCCACUUGUAAGUGUUCCAAAACCACAAAAUGUUUAGUUUGUUUUAGUGCUUUUAGGUUGCAUACAUUCAUGUAUGAGCAAAGGUUUAGAGUUUCCUGUUCAAGAAAGAGCAAGAAACAUCAUGUCAUAGGCACCUUUGCCCUUUAAAUAAACAACAACUUCUUAUUUGAGAGAGCACUUUGAGAGUAGAAGUAAUAAAUAUCUAAGAAUUUAUCCUUCUGUAUUCAGUAUACUAUGUUUGUGAAAGUUUAACCUGACCAAGAAUUUUAUUACACUUACCUGGCUGAGCUACAUUAUGGUGUUUUUGUUUUGUUUUUUAAUUGGAGGCUUACUUAAGCAGUACCAUUUAACUAGGAUUCAGAACAAUAUUCAUAUUAAGUUGAGUUGCAAACAAAGCUGCAGGAUAAUGAACCUGAGCAUGAAAAGCAAGUAUGUCAUAACAUCUUCACCAGCCAGGCCUAAAUAGAUGCUUUUGGGGGAGGGAGUGUUUUCCUGCUUUAACCGGUACCUAAGCAGAAAAUUGUUGUCAUCGUAAUUUGUACUCAAGAACCAAACUCAAAUGACAGGGAAGAACAUGAAAAAUGUAAAAAUGUUAAAUUUAAAAUUUUUGAAUUCCUUUCCCCCGCCCCUUCUCUCUUUCUAAACAGGAAAACAAGGAAAGAGAGGCCCAGGAACUUCAACAGCAACAGCGAUUAAAGGAGUUGGAGCUAAAACGCCGAUCCUGGGUUGCCGGGGAUCUUGGAGCUUUUGGCAGGAGCAGCAGUGAAAAUGAUGUUGGGAUGUUGACAAAGAGAGGACUUGAAGAAUUUCUGCCCUUCUUGCAGCAGAGACCGCAAAGUCCUUCUUACAGAAAUGUCAGCACCAGGCGUUCCCGGCAUUCCCUGGGAGUCACUGCAGACAGAGAGCUGUUGAGUUUCCUGGAGACCUCAAAGAGUGAGGAUCCAAACAAGUCCAACAGCCUUCCUCGUGAGCAUGCAGGUCAAGCAAGACCCAGUGUGGCCUGGACUGAAUCUAGAGAGCCUGGAGAUCUUGGUUUAACCAACUUGCACUUGCACCAGGCACCGGAAGAAGGCGUGGAGUGCAGCUACUUCCAGUUGCCCCCAUCUCAUUCCGAUCACAUGGUAAGCCUUGAGGACGAUAGCACUGCCCAUGCUAAUCUCUACAGCGACCAAGAGAGUGCUGACAACGACAAGUAUAGAUUUGAUGUGCCUUGUACGAAAGCCACAGAUGCAGCCCCCUGGGACUUGUCCCUUGAAGAAGAUGAACAUGUUCCAGGGCUGCUGAAGCUUGACCCCCAUGAACCAGAUGAUGUGGAGGACCUAUCUGCAGUUCAUUUUGAGGCUGAUGUGAGAGGUUUGGAGACUCUGGGUGACUCAAGCUUAUACACUCCUGGCAUAGUAGCUCCUCCUAUACCAGCCUUCAGAAAAUCAAAAGCUGACCAUGCAGCCAAAGUAGCAGGUCAUGCCCCUGAAGCUCUGGAACCAGGCAGUGAUAGCCCCCCAUCCUCAGAUGGUAGUGUUUUGGGAAAUAAGGCCCAUGGACCAAUGUUCUGUGUAUCUGAGACUUCUGACUGUUCUUUGAUGUUUGAUCUGCCAGAAGGAAAUGAUCCAAGGCUCGGGGGCAACAACAAAGUGAACAGCAAAGACGGUGGUGCUAUUGCCCCUUUUAGGAAUGAUCUUCCGGCUGGUGGUGAUGCCGUUUUGGGCCUGAACUCGCUUUCUGCUGAUAAGGAUGACUCCGGCAGCAAGUCAGGUCUCCCAAAGGAAAAACCUGUGCGAAGCAAAGAUGCCGUGGGGCCAAAGAGGAAUUCUCUGAAAGAUAAAUCUUCAAGUGCUGCAAAACCCAGCAGUGGUCCACUCAACCCCCCCAGACCGUCAGUCAGAACGCUGAAUUCUUCAGAGAAUGCGAGCAUGAGAAAAGUAGUGCCCAUUUCCAGAUCGACUAAAGCAGCACCCCCAAGCUGUACCAAAAAGCCAGAUCCUAAGCCAGCACCCCGAGACACCGGUGCACCUGAAGCACGACUCACGCGUCGCAACUCCAUCCGGGGCAACUCCGCAGAGGCAGUGCCAAAACCUCAGUACAGGCAAAGCACAUCUGUAGAGGAGCAGAAAUUCCAGAGGGGGACGGCAGCUUCAAGUAGCGGCCAUUUUGAGAGAGAGCCGCUCCAGCACAAGGGCUCCUUCAAAAAGCCAAGCUCCAAACCAGUCAGGUAUGUCCCCAAGUCGAAGAAUGACGAAACCAAGAUGUGCCGCUCUUUGACCAAACCCCCAUCCCCUACAGAAACCAGCAAAAGCACAAUGGCCCCUGUCCCCAAGACACCAGCUCCAGUUCCGAGCUUUGCAAGGAAUACAGUGGCCUCUUCCUCAAAAUGUGCCAAGGUGGAUUUGCCAGUCCCUUCCAAAGCUCCAGCCCUCACAAGGUCUCUGUCUCAGAGGCUUCCUAGGAUGAAGAUGACAACAGCAUCUGACGAUUCUUAUCCAAGGGAAAGUGGUGGAGGCACGCUCAAGCGAGCCAACAGUGCUAGGUUUAUCAAAAGGAACACUGACAAUGGUGACCUUCUAAGUGUUAAAGCGGAGCCCGUGCUAAAGGAACAAAUGAUAAUGGAAAAGUCAACAUCCCUCAAAUGUAAAGAUGGAAAUCAGACUACAAUAGGGAAACUGCUGAAUCACUUUUGA